UUCAUGCAAAGUUGAUGUUUGCAUAGUGCUUACCCAAGUAUUAGCUGUUUUCGCUAUCGUGACAGCUCGACUAAAAGUGAGAUUUCUUUUGGUCAUUUUGUCUUUUGUUGAUUCCAAAAGAUAAGUGGUGACGGAAAGUUCAAAAGCACACCCGAUACAAGGAAAUGUCAAAUAUGCAAAUUAGGAGGUCCUCAGUUAUUCAUGAGGAGUGACCUGAAGUGACCUGUGUACAACAUCAGCUGCUCAAAACACAGGGCCCUCUGUUGAGCUGUGGCUAACUGGACAGCUAUAAUUGAACCUACCAACCCACCCAAAGGAGGGAACCCUGAAUGAACCUACCCACCCAGUGUAGAGGAAUCCUUAUUGAACCUAGUCAGUGUGCUCCAAGGCGACCUUGCACCUCUAAGUUUUGAUUCUCCUAAUACUAGAGCGGGAGUCCAGAGUGUGUGGAAUUGAGCGUCGUAACAGCUGCCGUUGACAAUUGCAGUUAAGGAACUCCUCAGCAAUGUGACUUUUCUUGGAUAGUUGUCAAUCUUUGUGUCUUGGCCGCGUUCUUCAGUUGGAUAUUAUUACAGUGUUUUGAGGAACUUAUAUCAAGGACAAUGAUACAGAAUGGGUUCUUGGUGAAUUGUAGAUAAUAACGGACUCCACAUGAGUAUGAACCACAAAAUCCUGAAGCAGCAGCUAUCUGCUUCUUCAGUGGAGGACCUGACUAAUGGCGGGGAGAGCUCCUCAUCAAGGGGAUCCACGUUAACAGGGUUGAGUGGGCGAGAUACAUUAGAGAGUGGACGAUGGACGCUACCGAGGCUCAAGACAUACGAUGCUGUCGUCUUUGACAUGCUGAGAGUUAUGCCUGAUGACCUAGCCACUCAAAUUACGUUUAUGGACCUUCCAAUUUUCAAAGCCAUUACACCAGAGGAGUUGACCAGUUGUGCGUGGUCGGGGAAAGACAAAAACAACCUUUGUCCCAACAUCGUAGCCUUCACCAGACGGUUUAAUCAUGUAAGUUUCUGGGUUGUACAUGAGAUCCUGACAGCGCAGUCGUUAAAGAUACGCGCCGAGAUCGUUGGACAGUUUGUCAAGAUAGCUAAGAAACUGUACGAGUUGAAUAACUACCACUCGUUAAUGGCAGUCAUAUCGGCCUUGCACAGUGCACCCAUCUUCAGAUUGAGUAAAACAUGGAACCUUCUGCACAAGAAGGAGAGGUCGACUUGUGAGAAGCUAGCAGAUCUUAUGACAGAAGACGAUAAUCGGCAAAGGUUACGAGAGCACAUGGACAUCGUCAGACUACCCUGUAUCCCCUACCUAGGUUUGUACCUCCAAGACCUUAUUUUUAUAGACGCAGCUCACCCUAGUACCGGCGGGAUUGACAGUGAAAGAAGGUCCCGCAAGAUGAACAAUGUGUUACGGACGAUAGCGGAAUUCCAAUUGUCGACCUAUGACAUUGAACACCUACCCUAUGUACAGAGUUACCUAAAGUCAGUACGCUACAUCGAUGAGCUUCAGAAGUUUGUAGAAGAGGACAAUUACAAAUUGUCGUUGCAAAUUGAGCCCAUCAACCAACAGUCCAACGUGUCCAAAUCAAGGGAAGAAUUAGACACAUCAGUAGAUAGAGGGUCAUCACCAGGGAAGUCUACCCCGGCAACCCCUCAAGCCGCUGCCAGAUUUACUCCCGGUCAUCGGAAGACGAAAAGCUUAGGAACGACGUUUGUAUCUCACACAGCUAUUGAGCCUUUAUGUUUAUCGAAUUGUCACUUCGGCAACGGUCCCCGGCAUCUUUUAGACGACAGCUUACUUGAGGAGACGAGCUCUCGUGGUCAUCCUUCCAUCACCAGCUCAAUAGAGGGCUCAAUGAACGGGAUGACAAUAGGUAGCAAUGAUGGCUCUGAACACAGCGAUGACCAAGAGCCUUGGAUUGGGGACAAUUUGACUGAGAGUUGCGAGGACCUAGUGCAGAGUAUACCAGAAGUGCCAAUCUCUGCUUUCAAAAUACAUGGUUACUUGAAAAGGAAGCCGGACAUGAAAUCAGGCAGAAAAGUAUCUGUGUCGGCGUGGACGAGGUAUUGGGUGGGUCUAUGGGGCACCAACAUUGUACACUAUGCAGCUAAGUACUUCACCGGGCACGACAGAUCAGAUUUUAAGAUAAGGCCUUGUAAGUUAUUUUCCAUCAUUGACUGGGUGGUCUUGCUACCAGAGACGAGAGGACACAACAUCAUUCUACUAACAGACCUUGCCAAAGGGAACUCCUAUAAAUAUAAAGCGCCCUCAUACGCCAUGGCUUGCCAGUGGGUUCGGUACCUGGACGAAGCGACUAAGAAACACAAAGGGCCAAAGACGCCAGCCAACCUGAUGUCCUUUGACUGAGAAUAGUAUGAGCCAAGAUGCCAUGCAGCAAUCUGAAAGAUAAUCCAUCCGUCAUCGAUUGUCCUCUCCAAUGAGACUGGACUGACCCUAUAAGCCUACAAUACAGCUCAAUGCCAAUCUACUCGCGGAGAAACCCUGAUGUUUAAUCUACGCAUAACAGUCCGUCCCCCCUCCCCAUUAAAAAAAACCACAAAUUCAUAUCGAAUCUGAAUCUGAGUCCGAGUUAUGUAGUCGGCAAAGCAUCCUUAUGGAAACAUCACACCAACUUUUGUAGCGAAGACAAUGAAGCUUGAGAUGUGGGAGGAAAAUCCCAAUGUGGAAAACCCACGCAGCCAGGUAGGGAAUGAAAACCCAAAUCCACAGGCAAGGCUCCUGUCUGUGAAUCGAACCGGGGUCUACAGAGGUGAAAGGCAGGAACAGAAACCACUGAGCCAACCUGACUGCAACCAUGAAUGCAUCAUGCCGUGGGUCAAUCCUUUAUUAGCUCACAACACUGACUUAGAGGUCAUUUGGUUGGUACUCAGCUCAACUUGUUAUACAUGUUUUGUAAAUGCAUGGGUACCAACCACACAAAGAUCAUGUGAGUGCAUCAUGACUCGAGGUCCGUUCUACUUCAGCUCACAACACUGACCUAGAGGUCAAUUGGUUGGUAAUCUACUCAACUUGUUAAACAUGUGAAAUUUGAAUACAUGGGUACUAACCAGAAAGGUCAUAAAUUAUGAGUGCAUCAUGACCCAAGUCCGUCCUACUUCAGCUCACAGCACUGACCUUAAGGUCAAUUGGUUGGUAGUCCGCUCAAGCUGUUGCACAUGCAAUAUGUGAAUGCACGGGCACCGACCACAGUGAUUAUAAUGCAUAAUGGGAAUUUCAUGUCAGCCAAUCGUCGAUGCAAAAAGGGAAAGGGAACCAGUGUCUUCAAGGCAUAAACAAAUUACUGAUUUUAGAUGCUGGUACCCUGUUCUGGAACCGCUAAUCGAUAAGAUUUGGUCUGUCUUUGUACUAGUUUUGUUGGGGGGGGGGGGGGGGGCACGGGGUUCUUCAAGUUCAAAAUUUGUUUUGUUUUAAAGAUGAUUUUAUUUUUUUAAUUUGUGUUCUGUUUUUUUGAGUACCUUGGGGGAAACAGUCUGGUACCUUUGAUGAUCUGAGAAUCGCUGCCUAGAACCGUUAGAAAGUACCACGGGAAACCAGAGCAGGGGGUCUCUGUAUUAUAGAGGUCUACUUUUUGCUGUACUCAUGUGUAGAAGCUAAGCAUCGCAGAUUAACAAAAACAUCUUAGUGUCGCUUCAGUGGCUGAAUGAUUUCUAAGAGAGCUAGUUUUAAUGAGUUUAUUUUAGUAUUAAUAUGAGUAGAGGCACAGUUGGCAUAUGUGACUUUUUUCCUACAAACAAGAACGUCAUAAUUUGGGAUUUGGCGUCUUGUGGCCGAGUGGUCUAGAUCAUCAGACCCAAGCUCCAGUGUUGUCAGCAGCAGUCUUGGUCGAUAUCCGGUCAUGAUAGUUGUGCCCUUCGAGCAAGGCACUUAACCAUAAUAGAUUGAUCCACGAAGCUCCGCCCCAUUGCGUAUUGACCAAUCACAACGCAACGA